GUUAUCGAUUGUUGUCGGUGUUUACUCGAAUGUUAUUGGCUUGGAUCCGAGCUAGAAAGUAAAUAUUGUGGGGGCUGUGAGGAAUACAGUGCUGGUGUAUGGCGCAUAAUUCUGAAUUAUCGAAGUUAUUUUUGUUUUAAAGGCGUGUUUUACAUACUUAUUGAGCAUUCACAAUCGUCUUAAACAAUGUUGCGCCUUUUGCAAAGAAGUAAGUGUGGCCAGAGACCCUGCGCGGUACUGAAUUGCAUGCUUUGUGCUUUACCUAAAUUCAGUGACAGACCAUUUGCAGAGAACCCAUUAUCAAUUUUCAAGAAAAUGUUAUUUACGUUUUCAAACAGUGGAAAAUCCAGGAUGGAAUAAUGACAAUAUUAUGAAAAGGAUAGACUGUGAGGUCACAAGAUCAUCUCACCUUAAUGACUGUUUGCAGAAGUUCUCAUUGGCACAGAAUCUGAGAGGAAGAGCCCGGAAUUACAGCAUAUAUGAACCGGAUUACUUAGAUGCCUUAAAACCAAAAAUUCCAGUUUAUGAUGCUAUCAACAUUCAGAUAAAAGGCUAUGAUUAUCCUGUUUUGGAACACUAUCAAAAAUUUAUUCACAAUCUCUCAGAAAAUAUGAACAUAGAAGUAGAAGAUGGGUGGGCUUUGCCAGCUCAGACACAAACAGUGCAGCGAUUCAAACCCCAGAGCACUGUUGUUGAUUCAGAAUAUAAACUAUCCAUUUACGAGAGAAAUGUGCAGAUAGUCGAUGUACCUUCUACUACACUGGCAGUUCUUCUUAAUAUCCUGAGAGCUACAUUACCAGAGGGAGUCAAUCUCAGUGUUCAUGAGCAUUCGCCAGAACACGAAGAAAUUCGUUAUGUACCAGAUCAAGAAUUACUUGAGUUGAAAAGCCAAUUAGAAGCUCUUGGGGGACCAAGAAAGAAAUAACAACAGAAUGAGAUCUUCUACAUCCGGUACACGUGCAACCCCAGCUGUUCCAUUGAUAUCACCAGACUUGGAUUUGUGCAUGGAAGAUGAAUCUACAGACAGUGAUGAAGAGGCAUCAGAAUUGCCGAACAAAACAAAAAUGACAACUUGAAUCUGAAGAAACAUGCGUUCGACGCAGCUACUUCUGGACUGAGAGGUAUCAUAAACAAUGACAGCACGCUCAGUUUCUUUCAGUUGUUCUUUAACAUGGAUAUCACAAAACAUUUUGUGUGAGGAAACUAACAGAAACUUUUCUCAAAUGGUGGCUGCUGGUCGUGUUCCAGAAAGGAUCCAAGGAGUAUGGAGUGACGUAAAUUCUUUAUUGCCACUAUGUUUAUCAUGACAAGAGUAAAGAAAUUGAGCCUGUCUGAAUAUUGAUCUAUGAAUCCAGUUAUUUUCUUAACUGCUACCUAGAAACCGAUUUCAAUAUAUCUUGCAGUUUUUACAUUUCGCCAAUAAAGAAAAGCCUCAUGACAAUAACUAUUUGAACAAGCUAUGGCCAGUAACUUACCACUUUAUAAAACAAUAUAACGAAAAUUUCUAUCCUUAUGAAAAGUUAUGCAUACAUGAAAGUCUCCUAUUAUUCAAAGGUAGGCUAAAAAUCAAGCAGUAAUACCUGCUAAACAUAGCUGUUUUGGGAUUAAGAUAUUUGUUAUCUGCGAUGUCCACAAAAAUUAUAUUUUAGAUUUUAUUGUCUACUGUGGCUCACAUACAGGUAUUGAAAACUAUGACCUUGGUAUCUCAGGAAAUGUUGUAGCUAUAUUGGUAGAGCCAUAUUUACAGAAGGGACACACCCUGUACUGUGACAAUUGGUAUACGAGUCCUGCCCUGUUCUGGUGGUUGUCUGACUGGGCAACUAAUGCUUGUGGUACAGUCAGGCACACAAGAAAAGGUAUGUCUAAUAUUCCUGAGAAACUAAAGAAAGGAGAGCUUACUUUCCAUUCUGCAUCGGAAUUUCUGUUAGCACUAAAAUGGUGUGACGAAAAAAAUGUAUGCAUGCUUUCGACAGUCCACUCUGCAGAAAUGGUCGAAACAUCGAAGAUGGAUCGUCCAACACGCUAGAAGCAAUUGAAACAUUCAGUAGUAUUAGACUACAAUAAAUCAAUGGGACCUGAGGAUAAAAGUGGCACAGUAAUAAAGACCUUGGAAAGCAUCAGAAAAUCCACUAAA